GCCCAGCUGAUUCCACCGAAAAGGGAGACUGGAGCACGUGGUCUAUAUUUUUCGUGUUUUCUUCCGUUUUUUAGCAUCCCAGUGAGAUUUUAUGGGCAAGGUCGUGAUGGGUGAGGCUGUGGAAGACCCGGGGGAGGCUUCAUGUGGAUCAAGUGGAUGUGGAAGACGGCAUAACGUGAGGAAAAUGAAGGAAAACAGGAAAAAGAUGAGUUGCAGGUUCGGAGUUCCGUGGAGGCGAGCGUUGACGCAUCCUCCUCUGCGCAGGAGUCAGCGGUGAGGAAGGGCGUGGAGGCAGGGAGGGGCGUGGCGCGGGUGUCAUACCAUCGCUUCGCCCCGCCGCAGACCCCCACUUCGACCCCAGCAUGUUCGCCAACACCACCGCUUACGUGGGGAGACGCGCCGACCUGCACUGCCGCGUACACUCCUUAGGGAACAGAAGGGUGGUGUGGAUCCGAUCUCGCGACCUGCACAUCCUGACGGUGGACCAGUACACCUUCACCACGGACGAGCGCUUCCAGGCGGUGCACCAGCCCGGCACCAACCAGUGGACGCUCAGGAUAUCCUCGGCCCUCCCGCGGGACCGAGGCGCCUACGAGUGUCACGUGACCACCAAGCCCAUCAUGUCCGCCACGCUGUACCUCGAAGUGCUGGAGCCACACAUGGAAAUCCUCGGCUCCCCGGAUCUGUACGUGCAGAAGGCCAGCACCAUCAACCUGACCUGCGUCCUGUACAACCUGCCCGAGCCUCCUGCGAACGUCCUCUGGUACCACAAACACAAGAACUUGAGCUACAUUAGCAGUCGUGGCGGGGUGGCGGUGAUGCUGGACAAGGGCCCCAACACCACCACCAGUCACCUGCUCAUCCUCUCCGCCACUGCCGAGGACUCCGGGGCCUACACGUGCGCCCCAGCCGACCUCUCCCCCAUCUCCGUCAGAGUCCACGUUCUUGAUGGUGAGGAGCCAGCAGCCAUGCAGAAGAAUAACACAGCGCCAUUAACAGCCCCGACAGAAGAACCUCCGCCCAUGACCACAAAGACCACAAACAGCAGCAUGGUGUCGAGUGCGAGCGAGAGGCUGAUGACCACGACCAGUCUCCUACUGUUGUCUGUGGGUCUGGAGUUGCUGGGUGGAUGGUGUCGGUGAGUGCGGGGACCCAGCCGGGGAGGGGGGUGUUAUGAGCUGCACGGCCUCUCUGCACCUCCCCCAUGACCCCUGCUGUGCUGUGCUGUUACCAGGGGGUUGAGGUAGCAUGAGACCGGGUACUCAUUACUGCCUCUCCUUCACCCCUCUCCCCUGCUCACCCCAGGAAGGCAUUAGGACUUGGCAUGUCUUAUAAAAGGUAUACAUGAAUCUGGCAUCUUGGAACCUCAUGACACCUGCAUCAUAGGAGUCGCUCGAGUCCACCCACAUGGAGACAAUUCCACCAGGUCUUCUUUCAGAGUUGCCAACUGUUACUCACGGUCAGAAGACGCAGCUGUUGUAUGAUGAAGUAGAAGGGUUCGGCCUAAACAUUCAGGGACAAAACCCCUUCAGUCACAAUGCAGAGCAGAACAAAUAUAAUUUAUGUUGUUGAUGUUCUUGAGCCGAGUCUUUCAGGUGGUUAAGUUUCAGGUGUUUUGUACUGUCAGGGAUUUUGUCCUUUGGAGAUUUUGUCCUGUGGUAUUGUUCUUCACGAUGUAGACAGAGACGACCAUAUUCCAAGCUCUUCCUUCCUGAGAGAUGUCUGUUACUACCAAAUGAAAAACAACAUCUCCUAAACUGUUCUUUUCCUUUGUUAAAAAACACAUAAUACUUCAUUUCCAGUUACUAUUGUCUUGGCCAGUUUUUCAUAUUAGUCAUUAACUUUUAAAGGUGGUAAUUAGAAAGCUUUUAAGGAAAGGCCUGGCACACUGAUAUUGUUAGAACUGAUGCCGAGAAUGGCCAAGGAAGGAGGGCUUGUAAUAAGGCUGAAAGACACCGACAGAUUGUCUUACUGUAAAUGGCCUCUCCACACUGUCAGGAAAAGGCAACUGUUGUAUUUUACUAACAUAAGUAAAGUUUUCAUAACGGUUUGUACAUGACGUAUCUCAUAUCAGAAGAAAAAAAUCAAGAAAUUGAACCAAUGCAUGGAAAAGUAUUGUAAAUAGUAAGAAUGUUUAACAGUUAUUCUGAAUGUUCAUUUUUAUAGAGUUCUAUAUUCUUGAGUAUUUUUUUCUGAUAUCAUUGAGUUCUGUAGUCUAUUCCAGCCACUCUCAAACAAUGCACACAUUUCCACAGCAUCGGUCACGCUGUUGUUUUAUUUUAAUACGUUCUCUUGAUUCUACUUCUGCCUCUAAGGGAUAAAUAAAGACAACCCAAUCUGCUCCUCCCCAUCUGCCUCCAAGCAAUGCACGCAGUACUGUAAAAGUUUCUGUCAGGCCGUUCUUUUGUUUCGAUACGUCCCCUUGAUUUUAGUUUUGUCUUUGAUGGAUAAAGAAUACAACCCAAUAUAUGUGUACUUUCCUCAUAUUGUCACAAAAAGCAAGAUUAACCCGGUAGCAGCAGGGAUCAUGUUUCUUAAUGGUCCCUCUAAGCGAGAAAAAUGAGAAAAAAUCAUCACUUGCACAAACCAUUUCAUAAUAUAUAUCGAAGCAUUUGGGGUCAGUUUAUGUAUCAUUUAUUUUGGCGGGGUUAAAUCGUGGCACAAAUUUGGCCCCUCGCUGCCAUGGUAAAGCCACAAAUUUGGCCCGUCGCUGCUACCGGGUUGAACGAAGACUGCCAUAGGAUGAACAUUUUUUGAGAGCUGAAAUACUGCAUGUAGCAACGCAUUCUAAUGGUAUGUAGCCACACUGACACAACUUGCGUGUGAAUGGUAUAUUGCCUUUGUAAGUACAUACAUAGAAAGUACGUAAACUCCUGUCAGUCACUGUUUCACCGAUGCAUUGUUUCAGUGAAGGGUCUUGCACUAACCAUACUAACAGGGUUUGUAAGUGUAUAGUCUCUCUCU